GAAGGCUUUCUGUGACACUUUUGGGGGUUUGCAUUGACAGAUUAUUCUAUAUACACUGUUGGGUCUAAGUUUCUGUAUCAAAACUAUCUCUUUUGUUGUCCUAGAGUGUCCUCCAUCGAGUCCGCGGCCUACAGAAUUUGACUACUCCGCCGCACUGAGCGAGUCCACCGCCCUGUCUGGCCUGCUGGGCCCUGCCGUUUCUGCGGAGCUGGGCAUGGACAGCUUCCUGAGCGACCUGCAGGAGUACCAGCCACACGACGGCGCGCCGAUCUCAGACCUGCCCGCCACGGCCAGCAUCACGAUCCAGCCGGAGCAGUGGGCUCUCACCUACACCGACCCGCGUACGCCGGGCGUCACCACUGCGCUCAUCCUGCCAGAAACCAGGAACUUUCCUAAUCUUGGAUUACCAGGCGAGUUCCCCAGCUACAUCCUGCCACCCAUUGAACAGAACCUUCCGCUGUUCUACAACGAAUAUCUGACAAACAUCGAGGCGAGUUAUGCUACCUCGCGCGCCGUUACCAUGGAGAUUGAUGACGCCAUCUACGGCCCGGACGCCGUCUGCCCCCACCCCCUGCGAACCGACCUGGGCGGCGGAUUCGCCCUGGAACGCCUCGGGACGACCUUGUGCAAAGUCAACAACAGGUUCACUGGCGUCUACCCGGGCGACGGGCGGCGUUUUGUCAUCGACGUGGGGAUAGAUUGGGGACGUUGGUGGGUUGGAAUUACGAUAGUUAUCACCUUCUGAAGAAUCUUUUAGGACGGACCUAAGACCCCCUUUCCACUAGACGGCGAUCACGCUGCUGCUGCGACCUAAAACCGAUUCAUGUAAUGUUCGAUUUCAUACAGGGUAUAUCAUACAAAAUCAAAAAGGGUGCCUGGAAAUGGCAACAAG